AUGCCUUGGAGAUCAAUCACUCUACCAAACGGAUCCAGUAUCCCUCAAAUCGCUUUUGGCUCUGCCCCGAGACGAUCAGAAGGGGCUCAGGUCAAAAGCGUUGACAACCUGACCCAUGCGAUCCGAUCGGGCUUCCGGCACAUUGACACCGCCCAGCAGUAUGGCAACGAGGAUUUCGUAGGGGCUGCAAUCCAAGCCAGCGGGCUACCCAGACACGAGCUUUGGAUCACGACCAAAUGGAGCGAUGGCAACAAGUCGCCGGAAGAGUCGUGCCGAGUGAGUCUGUCCAAGCUGGGGCUGGAUUACAUAGAUCUGUAUAUCGUUCACCAUGAGUGGACUUGUCAAGGGGAUUUUGCCGGCUCCUGGAGGCGAAUGGAGGAUCUUGCAGAAAAGGGAUUGGUCCGGAACAUUGGUCUAUCCGCCUUUGGACUCGAGAAGACUCGAGAAAUCCUGCAGCAUUGUCGUAUCAAACCGGCGGUGAACAUGAUCCUGUUUCAUCCAAACGUGUUGAAGGAUACACUACCUCUACUCGCCUGUAUGAAACAACAUGGGAUCGCCUUGGGCGCCUAUUCUGUCUGUAAACCGCUAUGGCAGGACUCUCAAUCGUCUCUGCUACCGGCUCUGGAAGACAUCGCUGGUCGAUACCAAGCGACUGCAGAUCAAAUCCUCCUCAGCUGGGCUCGAGCCAAAGAUGCUAUCAUUUUCACCUCUUCCACUUCCAACGAGAGGAUGCAAGGAUACAUGCAGGCUGGGGAUGUGAUACUGGACGAUGAGGAUGUCCGCCGUAUUGACAGGGCUGGUCAGAAUAUCAGAAUAUGA